AUGAUGGCCGCCUGGGUGCAGUUUGGCAACAUCAUCUGCGGCGAUGAUCUAUCCGGGCUGUGUUCGUCCGCAAUCACGCAACUCAGCUUUACGAACCCGGCCAUCCGAGAAGCCAUGUUAGCUGUUGGAUGUCUAAAAAUGGCCCUAGAUGAGAGACACGCUCUGUUGCUUGGCAGCAGAGCUGCCGGGACGCCUGCUUAUGAUGAGGCUAUUAGCAGGUACAUCGUUGCAUUACGCAACGUUGUCAGCUCCUCCUUGAACAGAACGACGAUACGCACAGUGCUACUGUGUUGUGUCCUUUUCAUAUGCUUUGAUAUUCUCGACGGUAACCGCCAUGCAGUACAUAAUCACAUCUUCCAUGGCCUUCGCAUACUUCAGCAAUUCCUUCACUCGCUAUGUCCGCAGGCUGAACUUGCUGCUUGCUCGGACUCACCAGACCCUUUUGCGGUCGAUGGCCUGAUCAUACAAAUCUUCCAACGGCUAACUAUGAUUUCCCACUCCCAUCUCGCCCUACAGGCUCAGUCGCUGUGGCAAGCUACCUCAAGUCCUCGCCCCACGCCCAAGUUACCUGUGGGUUGGAUACCAGAGUCCUUCAAGAGCCUUAUGGACGCGGCGCGAUGGCUGGACACAAUCUACAAGGGUCUCCUGGAUGCCACACGCGCCUACCGAGGUGAUGUCUCAGGAUUUGCCACAGACGAAGCUUGGCUGAACUUGAGAGCUGGUCUGCUGGUUCUCCUCCAUGCAUGGGAAAACGCAUUUGAGCGCACAUCACAGGACGCGCGCAAGCGAUACCACGACAAUUCUAGGUGUUUCUCGCAUGCCUUGCUGCUCCGAAUGCAGUGGAUAGUGGCCUACACAAGCGUCAAAGCCUCGCAGUGUACCGACUAUGAAGGUCUCGUGAAUGUAGAGUCCUAUUUCGAAGAGAUUAUAAUACUGCCCGGUGUUUGCAUUAUUCUUGUGCGGAUACAAGUGCCGAAAUCCUGA